ACCGAGACCCGGAGUUUGCAAUGCGGGGAAGUAUUCAACUGCUACAGAGAGUACAGUUCGGUGCUGUUUCAGGACGAGCUGCUCCCGAAUGCGGACGGAGCUUCAACGAUACUUCAUACCUCUCUGCGUGCAGCUUCUUUGCAGUGGGCUCAACUUGCGAGCUCAUCAUCAAGGACUGUCCGAAAUCCUUCAGAGACCAGUUCACGCGGUCUGAGGAGGGCUACAAGGACACAAGGAGCAUCGUCUGCGACGCGCCAUCUCUUCAAGCUCUGGUGAGGCUCUCGCUGUGUUUGAACAACGACCGCUUGCACAAAUGUGUGGAUAACCCGAUGACAAAACCGAAAAACGGAACAAAUCCUCGGGAACACUGGUGCAAGCUCACCAAGGAUUCGCUCAGGUGCGUCGACGAGGGCGUCAUGCAGUGCAGGCACUCGUACGAAAAGGAGAGGCCCAUCUUCAGGAAAUACUUCACUGCCGUGUCCAAAAUGCUCCAGUGCGACGCCAUCGCUAGCGGAAGUGCGGCUGUUGCGGCUCCCCGUGCCUCUGUGUUCGGAAUUCUAGGGUUAAUGCUCACGUGGUGGGUGACGGCAAAAUGGUAAUAAAGUAUGCUGCACCUUACAACGUA